AUGGACGAGAAGAUUUGGGAACCUGUCGGCAAGAUGACGAGGUUCAAUCUGGAGGGAUCGGAACACGCUUCCAGAGUGAAGAAUGUGAUCAUACAGGGGUUUGCGCUCGUGAAUCUCAUCACCGUAAAGCAUGUGGAGGUCAGCGAGUAUGUGUCCGAGCGUAGCGGCCUCCGCAUCUUCUUCAUGCACUACGAAUCGCCGAUAGUGAAUUCGUACUUCAUUGUACCGACCCGCGCAGAAUCGCAUGAAGGGUUGCCACACACUCUGGAGCACCUUAUUUUCUUGGGUAGUGCCAACUACCCCGAGAGAGGCACAUUGGAUCUGUUGGCCUCCAGGGCCCUUGCUGCAGGCACCAACGCAUGGACAGAUGUGGACCACACUGUGUACACCAUUUCAACGGCCGGACUGGACGGUACCUUGAUGAUGCUGCCCGUCUACCUCGACCACCUGUUGAGGCCGACCUUGACUCAAGAGGCCUUCAUGACCGACGUGCACCGCAUUACUCCUGACGGAUCGAACUCAGGCACGGUGUACAGCGAGAUGAAGGACUGCGAGCACGAUGCAGACAAUGUGACUGAAUUCGAAUUGAACAAGCUGUUGUACCCCGGUGGCAGUGGGUACAGCAUGUCGUUCGGUGGUCGCCUUGACGCGCUGAGGGAGACCAACGUAGAACGCGUGAGGGACUACCACAAGCGCUACUAUCGCCUAGACAACAUGUCCAUUGCCAUAGGUGGUCAUCUGAACGAUGCCGAGCGUGUGCUGAAAGUGAUUGCCGAUGCAGAGGAGGCCCUGAUCGCUGCCGGUGUUGCAGCGAAGGCAGUGAAACCCGCACACUAUUUCGGCAUCAGGCAGUGGGAUGAUCCCGUCCACUACCAGCCAUUCAUAGAAACGGUUCACAAGACUGUUUACUUCCCCAGCGAUGACGAGGAGCUUGGUCAGUUCACCAUGGCCUGGAGAGGACCGCAGUGGGACGCUUUCCAGGAUAUCCGCGCACUGUCCAUAUUGGGUUUGUACUUGACCCACACACCGAUUUCGCCCUUGGAGAAGGAAUUAGUCUACACCAAAGACCCAUUCGGAAGCGGUGUUGGCUUUGUGUUGGAUGAAUACAAGGAGACCCGGUUCAACAUUACCGUCAUGGACGUGCCAUGCGGUGAGAAGAUGGAACAGAUCGCCGAAAAGAUAGGCACCGUGAUUAAAAGCGUAUGGGAAGGGACACUCGAUAUGGAGCGGUUGCAUACCAUUAUCCGUCGGGAACGUCUAACGUACUUCCGUUCGCUCGAGACCCAGCCGUCGAAUGUGUUGAUCAAUGGUGUCGUCAGCUACGUCGUAUACGGUGACAAACGUAAGGACCUGGACGAGCAGAUUGAAGGUGACGACCAGAUGAGUCGCCUGCUGCUGAAGGAGGAAUCGUACUGGAAGGGCAUUCUCGAGAAGUACAUGAUCCACGCCCCGUGGGUGGGCAUUCGCACUGUACCUAGCAUUGAGGAAAGCAACAAAAUCGAACGUGAGGAGCGCGAAUUGGUACAGGAGCAGCUCAAGAAUGCCGACAUGGAGCUACUGAAAGCACAAGAGGAGCUUGUCACAUCCAUUGUGUCCAACAAGGGCGGCGGUGUGCCCAAGCACGUGCUUGACUCCUUCGGUGUUGCCGCGGUUGAGAACGUGCAGCUUCCAGAGUGGCCUUACAUGCGUAACUUUAACUCCGUUGGCCCGGAUGCUGACGGAGGUCGUGCAAUGUCUGGACGCGUUCAACUAUUCAACGUGCACGGCCACCGUGCUGUGGAACACUACUGGCCUGAAUUGACGCAGCAGCUGGAUGAAGUGAAGAUAAACCUGCAGGUGAACCACGUAACGUCGGACUUUGUUCGUUUCAUCGUGCUUAUCCCGACCAUGGAUCUGGGGCUCACUCACCUGGAAAAGCAGUCGCUCACCCUGUUGACCAACCUGCUGUUCCAGUCUAACCUGCGCGAAGGCAUGGGCCCCAAAAUGUCGGCUGAUGAAUUCAUCAUGGAGCUACAGGAGGCAACUUCCAGCUACGCUGCUACCCUUGGUUUAUCGUCAUCGUUCGGCAAUGUCGAUGCCUACUCCGAGAUCCUGAAGAUUAGCAUCACGUGCCACGUCGGCUAUUACGAGCGGGUUUUCGGCAUUUUGCAACGCGUGUUGCACGACGUGCAGUUCACAGACGAGAUUGUGGUCGCUAAGAUCAAGUCGCUGAUGAAAUCAUUCCAGGAGAAAUCCCGUUCCGCCAAGGCGAACAUGAGGCAGGCCCUGCAGGCGAUGCGCCUGAAGCGCGAAUCCGUCCGUAUGUCUAACGGUAUCGCACAACAGAUGGAAUUCCUGCGUACGGCUGAAUAUGGUCCCAUAACCGCCACGCUGCAAUCGUUGUACGCCAAGAUUUUCUCGCAACGCAACAUAGUGGCCCACCUGACCUGCAACAUCGUCUACAUGCCUAAAUCAUGGUUGAGUAUUUGGGCGCAGCUGCCAGCAUCUGGAGCAACAGGUGACAAUUUGAGGGACAUGAUCGGAUUCAAGCUCGCCACGGAUGUUGAGCUUUCGGAGCAGAGAGCCAUGUACAUGUCCAUGGCUUCCACCGAUGUGGCGUUUUUCAACCACACCAUCAAAGCGCCGCUGGGAUUCACGCACUCGGAAUACGCUGCGCUGUCCAUGCUUUGCGAGUACCUCUGCAUGCUGGAGAGCCCACUGUUCCGCGCCAUCCGCGGAGGCGGUUACGCCUACGACUACAUGGUGUCCUACCUGCCGUCACUUGGUGAAAUGCACCUUUCACUUAUGCAGGCAGUGGAUGUAGUGGAGGCGUUGAGAGCUACACGUGAUGUGUUUGGCUUGAUAAAGGAUGGCAGCCUGCCCACUGAGGAUGACAUCAUAUCCUCCAGGUGCUCGCUGGUUUUCAACAUCGUGCAGUGCGAAGAAACCUUGAGUUCUUACAGCUACCAGACCUUCCAGGAUGCGUUCCGCGGUGUAGACUCAAGGUUCACUAUGACGUCGCUAAACGGCAUCCGUGAAGUGACCCCUUCAGACUUCCGUCGCCUGGCUGAGACCUACCUCAGCCAGUUCCUUCACUUCAACGACCCCUCGAGCACCGUCGCCGUCGUGACCAACAAGAGCCAGGCUGAUGACAUAUACAAAGGAUUGGUGGAAAUGGGCUACAAUAGUCUGAUCCGUACGUCACCAAAGGCUAUGAUGAAGUUUGCCUCCACCGGUACCCUUGAAGAAGCGGAAACUGCCAGUGACGACGAGAUUGACAGUCACGGCGAUGACUCUGAAGGCAGCGUGUCAAAUGAAAUCGAAGAAUUUGAAGAAUCCGACGAUGAAGCAAUUGAGGAUGAUGCAAAAGAUGAUGAGGAAGAAGACGACGGCGCCAGCAGCGAAGACGCUGAAGAAGUGGAUGAAAGUGAGGACGAAGACAGCGACAUAGACGACUGUGGCUAUUUUAAGCCUUAG